AAAUAUGAACUAGACCUGUCAAUUGGUUGGGCCAACCAUGGGCGUAGCCCAGUCCAUAAGAAUUUGCUUUUUGUUGCUUCUUCAUCUCUCACUCUUCUCCUUCCUUGGCGCAAGGAGUCGCCAUUGAAGAAAAUGGAUGUGAUCAACUUGAAUGAUGAGAAUAUUUUGAGUGAUAUUGAAAUGGAUCAUGCCAAUGAUGUAAUGGAUGAAGAUAUGGAUCAUCAUGAAGCUAAUCCUGUAGAGAGCUCAAAGCUAAAGAAAGAUGAGCAAGAAGAGGAGAAAGAAGAAGAGAAAGACGAAGAGAUAGAAGAAGAGAAAGAAGAGGAGAAAGAAGAAUCUUAAGGUAAUUAAUGACUUUGUAGUUUUAAAAUAUUGUUAUUUAUGAUUUGAUUCAAUGAGCAGUAUUGUUUAGCCAUCUAAAAUUAUUAUUUGUACUUUUGUAAGAUUGAAUUGGAGUUUAUGGAGGAUAAAACAAAGUAUAAAGAAUGAUUAUGACUUAUGAACAUUGUUUUGUUUGAAUGGUUAUGAACAUUGUUUUGUUUGGAUGAAUUUGGUAAUUUCUGGAUUUGUAAAACAAGUGUUUUAUUUGAA